CCCGGGAUGUGUCACAGACAGAUGUCGCGGUGGGGUCAGAGCUUCCCUGAGUCUGUUAGAGCCCGGGUUAGCGUCCCGAGGGACAUGUAGCAUCCAGUCAGUGUAGAGGUGGCUAGGACUGAGUCAGUGAAGAUGCUGGAGAGGCGGGCGAGUAGCUGUAAACUGGAGGUGUUUUGAAGUAGAAGGCAUAGGGAUUCCUCCGAGUUCAACUUAAUUAUACCGAGGAGAGGAAGGGAAGGUUUAUUGGGGGCCAUUGAACCAAGACCUUUCUUUGAAUAACAAGCUAAGGGAGUUUAUCUUACGCACUCAGGCGUUUGGUUAUUAGAAGCAGUGGCCGUGGUUAUUAGAAAAUGCUUGGGAAUUGCAGAACAAGAGAUUAACAUAGUUGCCGCCACUAAGGAUUUUGUGCUUUAUAAUUUCUUAGGUGUUGUAGAUGUCACCGACAAGUGUAUGUGUAUAAUAUGGUUAAAACUAGAAAUUGCAGUUUUGUAUAUGUUGCAUUCAUUGCACGGAUAGAUUGGUUUUGCCUUUUUUUGGGGGAGGGGAGAGGGUUAUUUUAGUUUAUGUGUGUGACUGCUUGCAUCAUAAUGUCUGCACCGCGAGCAUGGGCAUAUCCGUGCAGGCCAGUAGAGGGCAUCUGGGGGAAUCAAGGAUGGAUGUAAGCCAGCGAGUGGUGCUAGGAACUUACUCAGGUUGACUCCCUUUGCACAGUUGGAUGGAAGGAUGCUCUUUUCCUGAUAGAAGAUGAUGAUCUUGGAGAAUGAUCAUGGAGAAGGGGAUGAAUUCUGGAGAAGGACUGCCUUCCAGAUCAUCUCAGGCAUCUGCUGCUAAAGUAACAGUCAAGGAGUUAGAAACACAGCAGCCCUGUAAGGAGAAACGAGGGGGCUUUGUGCUGGUGCAUGCAGGUGCAGGCUAUCAUUCUGAAUCCAAAGCCAAGGAAUAUAAACAUGUAUGCAAACGAGCUUGUCAGAAGGCAAUUGAGAAGCUACAGGCUGGUGCUCUUGCUACAGAUGCAGUGGCUGCUGCUCUGGUGGAACUUGAGGGUCUGUCGCUCUGGCUCACUGACAACAAGGAUUUCAGCCUCUCAGUGCCAGGGUUACAGGCAAGUGUGGAUUCUCCUUUUACAAAUGCAGGAAUAGGAUCUAAUCUAAAUCUCUUAGGAGAGAUUGAAUGUGAUGCCAGCAUAAUGGAUGGAAAGUCCUUAAACUUUGGAGCCGUUGGAGCACUGAGUGGAAUCAAGAAUCCAGUCUCAGUUGCUCACAGGCUCUUGUGUGAAGGGCAGAAGGGCAAGCUCUCUGCAGGCAGAAUUCCUCCCUGCUUUUUAGUUGGAGAAGGAGCCUACAGAUGGGCAGUGGAUCAUGGGAUACCCUCUUGCCCUCCUAGCACCAUGACCACAAGAUUCAGCUUAGCUGCAUUUAAAAGGAACAAGAGGAAACUAGAGCUGGCAGAAAGGGUGGAAACAGACUUCAUCCAGCUGAAGAGAAGACGACAAUCAAGCGCAAAGGAAAAUGACUCAGGCACUUUGGACACGGUGGGUGCUGUGGUCGUGGAUCACGAAGGGAAUGUUGCUGCUGCUGUCUCCAGUGGGGGCUUGGCCUUGAAACAUCCAGGGAGAGUUGGGCAGGCUGCUCUUUAUGGAUGUGGCUGCUGGGCUGAGAAUACUGGCGCUCAGAACCCCUACUCCACAGCUGUGAGUACCUCAGGAUGUGGCGAGCAUCUUGUGCGCACCAUACUGGCUAGAGAAUGUUCACACGCUUUACAAGCUGAAGAUGCUCACCAAGCUCUGUUGGAGACUAUGCAAAACAAGUUUAUCAGUUCACCUUUCCUUGCCUGUGAAGAUGGCGUGCUCGGUGGAGUGAUCGUUCUCCGGUCAUGCAGAUGUUCUUCAGAGUCUGACUCCUCCCAAGAUAAACAGACACUGCUUGUGGAAUUUCUGUGGAGCCAUACUACAGAGAGCAUGUGCGUGGGAUAUAUGUCAGCCCAGGACGGCAAAGCCAAGACUCACAUUUCACGACUCCCUCCUGGUGCUGUGGCAGGACAGUCUGUUGCCAUCGAAGGUGGGGUUUGCCGCCUGGAGAGCCCCGUGAACUGACUCCAGGCUGAAUAUGAAGUGUCUGAGAGGCAUUUCAGAGCCUGAGCUUUGGGCUGUUUAAUUGAAGUUGGGUGUUUUAAUCUUCUUGUUUUGUAAUUUUUAUUGCAACCUCGGGCACUGCUUGGGACACAAGUGCUGCUAUACUUAGUGCUGGUUGACACUCGAGUCUUAGAUGGGUGAGCGGAAGUCUGUGUGGGUGUGUAUCCGUGUGCAGUGUGUGCGCUUGCUUCCCCCGGAUGGGAUGAGUUCUCCUUAAGUGCAACCUAUGAAUGAGAAUGAUGGAAUCUUUACAAAAUGUGUGCUUUAACUGUUUACAAGGAAACCUAAAGUUGUAGAAAACUUUUAUUUCUUCAAGAGGUACCAACUAUGGUUGAUACAAUGUGUCUGAACUGAAGAGUGAAUCUGCUUGUUUAAACAACUUGACCUUGAUUGUAGUCCAUUUAAUAACAGUAAUCAGUAAUAUGGUGUCAGUUUAAGUGGAUGGUGUGGUAACUUAAACUCUUGUUCUCAUCCCUCAGACAGGGCAUUUUUCCUUGAACACAGAAUGGUUUCAGUGAAACCAUUCUAGCAGAGAAUUAAAGUCAGAACGUUUUAAAGUAAUGGUCUUAUUGGUGAAGUUUGUGCUUCUUUCCUGAGCUAUUUGAAGCUUAAGUAUUGCAUAGCUUUGCGCCGUGUGUACUAUAUUAUGAAAGAAUAUGUAAAGAAAGUGUUCAGUAACACACAGUUUUAAUUUGUGUAUAAUGGAAUGUUAUUUACAAUGUAACACUGUAAAUAAGAAAGCAAAAGUUUAUGGGAAAAUUCAAUAUUAUCUUUGUUUCUUGUUUAAAUAUAUUUUUAAGAUAAAGGUACAAAAAUAAAAGAAGCCUAUUACUGGG